AUGAAGCCCCAGUCGCUCAUCCCACUUCUGGGUAGUAUACCGCUAGCAUCAGCAUGGCUCCCGACGGAUGAAGGCCGAGACCUUUCAACUUUCAGCAAGUCUGGCACCUCCAAGAUUCGGGGGGUGAACCUAGGUUCGUCCUUCAUUAUCGAGAAAUGGAUGGCGAAUGGCGAAUGGAACGAUAUGGGCUGUGGAGAGUAUAACAGUGAAUGGGGUUGUGUGCAAGGUAUUGGUCAAGAUGCAGCCAACAAGGCGUUCAAAAAGCACUGGCAGUCCUGGAUCACCAAAGACGACAUCACCAAGAUGGUGUCAUAUGAUCUGAAUACCAUCCGGAUCCCGAUUGGAUUUUGGAUGAAUGAAGACCUCAUCGCGGAUAACGAAUACUACCCGCGUAACAAUGCUCUCGAGGAUCUCACCAAUAUCUGCCAAUGGGCUGCUGAUGCGGGCAUGUAUGUCAUUAUUGAUACCCAUGGCUUGCCCGGUGCACAACAAGCUCAGCAGCCAUUUACUGGACGUUAUGCCAGCUCUCCGGAGUUCUACCAGAACGACGGGAACGCCGAACGCGCAUACAAGUUUUAUGAGUGGAUGGUUGAACAAAUCUCAAGCAGUGAUGCGUUCAAGACCGUCGGUGCUCUCGAACUUGUCAACGAGCCUUUACAAAACACCGAGAAUGGGAACACAAACUGGAUGGUAGAACACUUCUAUCCGUCGGCAAUUGACCGGAUUCGUGCCAAGGAGUCAUCGCUGGGGGUUUCGGAUGAUGAUGCGUUACAUAUCACAGUCAUGGAUGAUAAAUGGGACUCUGGUGGCAACCCUACCCGCUCUCUUAAUGACAGUCAAAAGAAGAAGCUUCUUUUCGAUGACCACAACUACGAGAUUUAUCUCGUGCGCGAUGCCGGAUCUAAGGGGGACAUGAUCUCAGAUGCCUGUGGGGAUAAUCGUCAGUCUGAUGUGGAUCCCAAGAUUGUCGGAGAGUGGAGUCUGGCAUUCAAUAAUCAAGGUGACAACUUCCUGCCAAUGACUGGCAAUCAUGCUUCAUCGUACUCGAAGUGGUUUUCGGCACAGCAGAGACAGUACGAAGCUUUGGGUGGAUGGGUGUUUUGGACUUGGAAGACGGAUGAGAAUUUGCCUAACGUUGAGCAGUGGAACUACCAAAGUAAGUUAUUGAGUAACCUAUUGCAAUUGGAGGAAGAGAUGCUGAUAUCUUUACCAGAGGCUGUCGAGGCCGGCAUUAUCAACAAAGACCUGAAUGCCCAGUUUGAUCAGAAUCCAUGCUAG